GGGCUCGGAUCAGACCCUCUCGCCGUCACGCUGCAGUUCUGUAUCGCACCGCUGACCAUCCAUCGCGGAGACGACAGACACCGCACCGACCCCCGUCAUGAGGCCCGACUACUUGCUGCUGCUGACCUGCGUCGCCUCGUCCCGCCUGGCUACCUGCUCGUCCGUCGCUGACCCUUUGGUAACUCAGUUCCGUGGAUUCCUGGGAAACGUGCUUGGUGAAGUCAACUCUGCUGGCUGGUCACUCUCUUACAACUUAAGCAAUUACGAGACAGAUCUGAUACAGGACGGUGACGGAUGGAUCUCACUUCGUGACGGUCAACUGCACGACCUCGGGUCGUGGUCUCGCUCGCGAGACGCCGCGGUCACGUGCGACCCAGGACACGCCGCGGUCGUCGGCGUAGUGACCUUCGACCCUCUGCCGUUCUCCUACAGAUACUUCAUCGAAAAGAACAACUCGCUAAGUCCUUCCAGGUGCUUGACUGGUAACCUCACAGGACUGUCGGCCCGGCUGGAAGUCCUGGUGGACUUGAAGAACACUUCCCGUCGUUGGACCGACUUCAAACUGUCGCCAACCGCGAGUGUAAACUCAGUGGUCGUUUCUGACGAUCAGCUUGUGGUGCAGGAAGUGACAAGUGCGCUAGAAAGAGCUAUGAAUGAAGCAAUGCCUCGUCUUCAGCUUCGCAUCCAAAAUUCAUUAGACGACACACUAUCCCAAGGAAGCUUAGAUAUGAGCUCUGUGCACUGUGCUGUUUCUAACGUUGUAACCACGAGCAAACUGCCUGUCACAACGGAAGCGACCAAAAGCACAAAUUCAGUAACUACUGAGGACAGUAGAACGUCCAAGCCAAACCGGGAGAGCCCCAACAAAUACGACCUCACCAACGGCGUUAAUUCUGGUGGUGAACGUCAAAACAGCUUCGACACACGUGGCGCUUCACCUGCCGACCAGACGAAACAUCUCAACAAGCUGAUUGAUGAUCUGCUGAAAAACGGAGCGGAAAAACUCUCGUCCGAGAAUUUGCUGCCGUACGCCAUGCCAGACAGCGAGCAAGAACUCUAUCAGGAAACUGAUGGCGCAGCAUUUAUAACGGGAAAAGUCUAUGGCACCAGUAGCCUAAGCCUUAAGACUGAACCGGCAGUCCUGAGACUUAACAACUCUGUCUUGGUGACUGCGGAUGUGAAACUUGAUAGUACAGUGAUAAAAUUUGAUUUUAAUGUCGACUCGGCCCUACCUGCAAACAUACACGGGAAAGUGGAUAAUCUCAUGGGAGAGAUGAUCAUCGUGGCGGAUGUGACAAACUCAUCAGCUGCCACGUCGAGACUUGCGAGAUUUCGCAUGAUGCCAACACUUUCCUUCGUAUCGGCAUCGUUGUCUGGAGACAACGUGACGUUUGAACUUCAGUCAGAAAUACCUGACGCAGUGAGAAGAGUUUUCAAGAAAAUAAUCUUCCCAUAUGUCGAGGACACCGUUACAACUUUACUGAAUAAAUCUUUAGAUGGAAAAAUACUCAACGUCAGCGAAGCUUUAGCAUUUACAACUGCUUCCCCGACUACUCCUACUACUACUACUACUACUACAAUUACUACUACUUCUACUUCCACGGUUGCUACAACUCAUUCGACUACUGCAAAGCCUACAACCACCACUGCAACCUCUGUGUGGACACCUGCUGUAACCAACCAAAGUGCUGCUCCCACGAGCAUCGCUUCAAACACCACAUCAUCUGCUGUUUCACCCACAGCUGCACACACAGCUUCGCGCAGCUCGCCAGCUGCUGUUCCAAACGCGACCUCACCUGCUUCACCCGCUGAUGUCCCGUCUCCAAGCCCCUCCUCUCUACCUGGCGACGAUUCAAGCCCACCUGCCUCAGCUGCCCCACUCAACUCUAGCCAUGCUUGGAUGGCUACAUUAUCCAUGUAUAUUAUGUUUAUACUGUCUACUCAAACUAUACUCUAAAGUUUUUAAGAAAAAUUAUCUCAUCAUCCUCAUCAACUUCGAAUUCAUUUUACAUAAAAUAAAUUUUAUGUGCAACAUUCCAGCAUUACUUGAACAAAUAUUUCUCUUUUGUUUUUGAAUAAAAAAUAAUAAAAAUAUAUGUAGACAUUAUAUUUUUAGAAACAGGGAAUCAAGGCCUUCUCGAUAUUAUUAAGCGAUUAACUAGUUUCUACUCUAUGUAUCGUGGAAAUAAUAUCAAAUUUUCUUAUUAGGUUUUACUGUUAAAAUUCAUGUACUGAAUACUGAACAGCUUAAGUAAAUAAUUGUAGCUA